AUGGACGAUCGGUACCAUGACCAGGGCAGUCUUCGAUUCCCACUUCGCGGUGGACAAGACCAUGCCUUGACGCUGCCAUCACUUUCCAGCCGACAGCACAACACCUUCGACGCCCGCUCUGCGAAGCACCUUGAUCCCGUCAGGCAUGCACAGAGCUAUUCGCCGCAUCAACAGCAGCACAAGCAGCGCGAUGCCGGGUGGGCUCAUGCCUCUGGACCUUCGCGCUCGCCACCUGCGACUCUGGACGCACCACCUCUUCCGAACCGCCGCAUGUCGCAGCAGCUGAGCUACCGUGCACCUCGCGCUGAAGCCUCGACGUCAGCAUCGGCAUCGCUUGCCAACCGAUCCGACUGGCUUCUCCUGCCAAGUGUCAGCCAGGCUCUCUCCAUGUACGGCGAUACUCGACGACAAGAACCUCGCUUCUCUCUGGUCAUCCGACAACAACCUCGACGCGGUCUCGCGAUCGGAAACAGCCAGAUGUCGCUUCGUACCGCACGAUCCGUCCCCCUCGACCCGCCCCCCGUCUGCGAGCUCCUCAUCGAUCGUUCUGGUGAUGAACAGCUCCUUUCACUUCCCGAAGUCUUCAUCCGCGCCCAAUUAGUUCGAGGCGAUGCACCUAGCGAAGAGUGCCUUCCCGACGCACGUCGGAUCGAGCCUCUCGUCGGGGACACCUUGCAGAGCCCGUUCAACUCGCGCAUCGACACACGCGAAGACCAAAGCUUCUUCGUGUUCAAGGAGCUCGGCGUACGCAACCGUGGUGUCUAUCGUUUGAGGUUCGACCUCUUUGAUCGUGUGGGUCUUCGCAUCUUCAAGAUUGCUUCCGUCUAUAGCGACGCAUUCGAGGUGCAGGAGCGAAGGAAGCAUCCCGGCCUGUCGGCCUCAUCCGCAUUGAUGGAUGCAUUGGUCGACAGAGGUAUGAAGUACAAGCUGCGAAAGGCGAACGACAAGCAGAAUCCCAAGAAGCGCAAGUCGCCCGAAGAUUUCUACUACGGAGAUGAAAGGUCGAUCUCCGCCGCCAGAAGACAGAGUUACGCUGCAGGAGAGUUCGACAGUCGCCCUCCCGUCUAUGCUUCGACAGCGCCGUCGCAAUCGCAGUCGGGAAGGCUUCGCUUCCACCCCUACUUCAUCCGCUGGCGAAGUCACGCCCAACGAGCGACCUUUGUCCUCUUCCGCCGCCGCUAG